CUUUGAGUGCCGGUGGAGACGGACGACAUGGAUGAUAAGGCUGAACGUUGCUGUUGAGUUCUUUGUGAUAAUGUAUUGUCCCAAACCCAAACAAGCCAACAUCUUUUACAAAUGAGUCGCUGCCCAGCUACAGGACGUGUGUCCUAUCACUGAGGCCACAUGUGUAUCUGGAGAGAUGGAUCGUUGUAAGCACGUGGGGCGCCUUCGUCUGGGCCACGACCAUUCCAUCCUCAAUCCACAGAAAUGGCACUGUGUGGACUGCAGCACCACAGAUUCAGUGUGGGCCUGCCUCAAGUGCUCCCACGUGGCCUGUGGACGUUUCAUGGAGGAGCACUCACUGAAACACUUUCAGGAGUCACACCACCCACUGGCGAUGGAGGUGCACGAGCUGGAUGUCUUCUGCUUUGCCUGUGGAGACUAUGUACUCAAUGACAAUGCAGAGGGAGACCUCAAACUCCUCAGAGGGGCACUCUCUACUGUUAGGAGCCCAGGUAGACGCUCGCUGCGCUCCUCGACUGGGGGGGAGUGCACCCCCUGGUUUGGGGAAGGAGGACCACAGCCAGCCAUGCAGCUGGCCUUGCGUCACAGGAGGAAAGCCCUCCUUGGGAAGAUGUUUCAGAGGUGGAUGGACAAACAUGAGGAGCUGCAGGAUCAGCGGAAAGAGAAACUUGAAGAAGCUAGACGACAAAAGAAAGAGGUAAAAAGGAGACUCAUGGAAGAGCUUGGCAAUGUCCCCCCCAGAAAGAGUGCUAGGCUUCUUACUCAGGCGCCACGUUCAACCAUCACACUCAUUCCUCGCAAAUUUCGCGACCCUCCAGAACGCCUACCUCCUCCUUCCAAGAAGCCUUCCCUACUAACCUUGUCCCGUAAGGCUCCUCAGAAUGGCAGAGCUGCUAAACUGAGGCGAUACUACUCCAGUCACACAGUAACACGCCGUAGACUAGCUCCAGGUGUCACUGGUCUCCGCAAUUUGGGGAACACAUGCUACAUGAACUCUAUAUUGCAAGUGCUGAGCCACCUGCAGAAAUUCAGGGAGUGUUUUCUCACUUUGGACCUGUGUGAGACUGAGGAGCUGCUGGCCAAGACCAAUCAGUCCCAAGGAGUGAAGGGGGUGGCAGGAGGUGUAGUCAGCAGUGGUAACACAGCACUGUCAGGAUGCCCUCUCGGACGCAUGGGGAAGGCAGGCAGUUGGAAUUUACCGGUGGGCAAAAAAGAAAGUGCCCCACCUUCCUCGCAGGCUGCCGAGCUGGUCCAGCCCAAGGAGCCUCGCUGCUCCACUCGCCAGCAGAUGUCUCUGUGCCAUGAGUUGCAUACACUUUUCAGGGUCAUGUGGUCAGGCCGGUGGUCUUUGGUAUCUCCUUUUGCCAUGCUGCACUCUGUGUGGAACCUCAUCCCAGCUUUCCGUGGUUAUGACCAGCAGGACGCCCAGGAGUUCCUGUGUGAGCUGCUGGACAAGGUGCAGCAGGAGCUGGACACAGAGGGGUCCAAACGCAGGAUAGUUAUCCCCAUCACAAAGAGGAAACUGUCCAAGCAAGUGCUAAAGGUUCUGAACACCAUCUUUCAUGGGCAGCUACUCAGCCAGGUGACCUGUUUGUCCUGUAAGCACAAGUCUAACACAGUGGAACCAUUCUGGGAUUUGUCUUUGGAGUUUCCAGAGCGAUAUCACAGCAUAGACAAAGGCUCUGGCUCCACAGCUUACCAGCGCAGCUGCACCCUCACCGAGAUGCUGUCCAAGUUUACAGAGAUGGAGGCUCUUGAAGGCAGCAUCUACGCCUGCAACCACUGCAACAAAAAAAGACGGAAAACAUCCCACAAGCCCUUAGUUCUGUCAGAGGCAUGUAAGCAGCUUCUGAUCUACCGUUUACCUCAGGUUCUACGGCUGCACCUCAAACGCUUCAGGUGGUCGGGGAGGAACCAUAGGGAGAAGAUUGGCGUCCACGUGGCCUUUGACCAGGUUCUGAACAUCAAACCCUACUGCUGCACAGGCUCAGGUCACUCUGUCCACAGAGGAGGCUACACCUACGAUCUGUCUGCUGUAGUUAUGCAUCAUGGUAAAGGCUUUGGCUCAGGGCACUACACCGCAUACUGCUACAAUACAGAAGGAGGUUUCUGGGUCCACUGUAAUGACUCUGAGAUGAAGGUUUGCAGUGUGGAGGAAGUGUGCAACACUCAGGCCUAUAUUCUCUUCUAUACCCAGAGGUCUAACUAGGUACCUCUCGCUGUGAUGUCGACCUGUGCGUGGCAACUUAGGGCUGCAUUUAUGAAAAUGUUCUCUGAUGUUUUCCCAGAUGUCAUUAAACAAUCACUUUGAAAUGAUUUACUAAAAAAAGAUGGCAAUGAGGGCAGUAGGACAGCCACAAUCAUGAGCCAAGGUGUAACAAAACAUUUUUUUAGCAGCUUAAUCCAAAUGAGAAAGAUGAAAAUUAUGGCAUAGAUAGUCAUUUUUCCAGGAUAAAUUGAAAGAAUUGGUAAAUUUGAAAUCAUUUUUUGUGGAUUUGAUUUUAGGUUAAAAACAAAUAGCAAACCUUUUCAUAAAUGAGGCCACAGGUUACUCUGUGGGACCAGCAUAUUGGUUUAUGGCCUGAAGACUGUGGCAGCAGGUCCGACUCUGUCCUGCUGAACACCAAGUUGUGUGUCCAUGUUUUUUUAAAAACAAUCAGGCUAGUGUGUGUUGAGUCUGGAAACAACCGGCCGCUCUCCUGAGACAGCAUUUUACAUUGAAGGGCAACACGGACUCUGGAGUUUGGAGCAUUUUAUUCUCAGAGACGAUCUCAAUCUUAAUGUGUGUUUUAAAGCUAACUUCACAUUUGAUCCCAAUAGGGGUGUAACGGUACACAAAAUUCACAGUUAGGUUUGAACUUCAGUUUUGGGGUCACGGUUCGGUUCAAUUUCAGCACAGCAGGGGAAAAGAGAAAUGUAGAAAAUUCGGUUCAUUGGCCCAAACUAUCACUGAAACCAUUUCUGAUUCCUGCAGGGAGUCAAGAUACCUGCUGACAGCUGAAUAUGCUGAUUUAUGGUCGAACUGUAUAUAAAGUAGUUGAAACUAGCUCCAUGUCCAGCAGCCACAACAGUAACAUGCUGCUCUAACACUGAAGCUUCAGUAUUAAUAAUCUAAUGAUGUCAUAUAAUAAUAUAUCAGUCAGAGGGACCAAACCACUACUUUCCUUGCAGUACUUUUUAAAUACAUUUUUCUUGAUGACGUGCUGUCAGACCACGUCAUAAAUCAAAUGUUUUUACAUAUAUAUAAAUAUGUUUUAUUUCACUCAAAGGCGAAGUGAAAGAAUAGCAUACAUCCAUGAUGAGCAUCCUACAGCUAAGUGCUGCGCUGCCAAAACUUUCCGGUUGGAACUUGUGCUCUUCAAUUAUCGUUCCACAUGACAGAGUAAAGCUGCGUUCACACCAAAUGCGACUGACGCGAAAAAAUCGCUUCUAUCGCACCACUUGAUCAUAAAUAUAAUUUUUUGGAUCAUCAUUUCAUUCGCGCUUGUGGCGUUGGGAGAAACUCGCCGCUGAUUGGAUGUCGUGGCGCGAUGUCGCCUGAAUAGUUCAAUUUUUCCAACUUUAUUCGCGACGCUUCUGGCGCUUCAUUCACUUCAUUCGCGCCGCCUGAUAUGAAAUCGCGUGUUAUCGCACCAUUUACAUUGAUUUUCUAUGUAGACUUGCUGCUCAAUUCGCGUCAGACACUUUUGGUCUAAACGCCCCAUAAGACAGUUUCUUAAACUAGAAUCUUCCACAUAUUCUUUGUAUGACUGCAUGCACUGAACCGUGACAUCUGUACCAUGACGGUCCAGGAUGAAUACAUGUACCAUUACACCUCUAGAUCCCAGUGUACUAAAUAUUAUGAAAGCUAUAUCUUUCAACACCAUUGAAUAAUUCCCCUUUGACAGGAAUCUUGUGGAAUAAGAGACUGAAGUUCAGACUCUGUGUUGCUUCCUGUUCAGCUUUUUUAUUAUCGUGAAAUGUCAGUUAUGGAAACUUUUAAUACUCAUCCCUAUGUCAUUUGUACUUCACCAUAUCCUCUCCUCAUCUGUACUGCUGUGACUGGAUACUGUGUCUUAGGCGUGAGGCCUCGGUGUGCUCCCAGUGAACAGGACUAGUUUGUGUUUUGUUUUAGUUUCUUUUAUAGUCACUCAAUGUUUCACUUCCAUGAAAAGAAGCAAAAAGUUUGAGUUUCAGACACUUGAUUGACGACGAGUGAUGGAAGCUGCACUUUUGAGGAGGGGCUAAUAUCGUUGGUCCUAUCUUUGUGAUUGUUCAUCUUUUAGCUCCUGUAACGUCUUUAAACGGCAGCUCCCCCUGUGGUUUAACGGUUAGACUAGUCUUGAGCCGGGGUCGAACACAGUGCAGCUGUGUUCUACCUGCAGGACAUCAGAAUGACUGAAAGGGCAGACUGCGAUACUGAAGAAUGUGAUUUUGGGAGAUGUGGGGUACCCAUUUUGAGUUUAGCACCUGAAAGCAAUAUAUUGUACAUCUUGCAUCUUGACAGGAAAUUAAGAUAAAAUCAGGAAUUAUUCUGCUUGUAAUACAAUGGGUUUUUUUUCUACUCUGCUGUUUCUAUCAAGGUCUUUAGAAUUUGCUAGGUAAUCAAGAAAAACGGUUGUGUUUGAUACGAGUCAAAUGCAAAAUACACUUGUGAACUCUGUAAAAGUUUGAACAAUCUAAUGACGAUGAAUGUCUUACUUUUUAGUGGUCAGGUGUGGCCAUGCCACCGGCUCUGAUCCCCUUGAGUUCUGUCUUGUACUGUAAGAAUACCUGUCAUAAAUGUAAUGGUCUUAUGGGUUUUGCCUGACAGUAAUUAUUAAAAAAGACAAAACAAAUUUGAAAUAUUUUUGUUUGUGUGUUCAUUUAAAAAUUAAUCAUUUCUCUAAAUUUACGUCUAUUAAAGUCAUUAUA